UGACAAUGUUUGGUCUGAAAUCGCAAGGGGAUACAGAAUAAGAAGCAUCAGUUCCGUAGUGUGAAAUGUACAUGAAGGAAGUCAGAGGAAGAUGGAAAUUUGUCGGCCAAGUUGCGUAUUUAUGUUUCAUGUUGAAUGGAAUCGAGUCGAUGCUUGUCAUCUGUUGUUUCUGAAUAAAUCGUAAAGUUUAGCUAGCAUUAGCAAUCAUUUUGCUAACGUCAGCGGUCAUUCGGCUCAGCGUUGGUUAGCAGGCUAACAACAGUGACAGAAGUUGUGCACCAUGGCUUCACCCGAGGUGAAAAUGCAGGAAAUGAAUGAAGUCGUCAUCGUCACAAUGUCCGAGGAGGCCAGUGGGAACCUCACGUCUGUGGUGGAGGACAAAACGGUGCUGGUGACAACACAGCUCAGCCAUCAGCCAGGUGAGGAAGUCCUUACAGUCACUCAGGUUGAAACAGAUGAUCAGAGUAAAACAGAUGGCCUGUCCAGUGAAGAAGAUGUAAUUGUGAAGUUAACAGAGGAGGUGGAUGUGGAAGCUGAUGUGUUCUACCCCAUCACGUGUGGCGAUGCCAAAGCCACACUGGUGUGGAAGAAGUUUGUCUGCCCUGGGAUUAAUGUGAAAUGUGUCCAGUUCAAUGAUCAGCUCAUCAGCCCAAAGGAGUUUGUCUGCUUAGCAGGCAAGUCCACCCUGAAGGACUGGAAAAGAGCCAUCCGAUUCAACGGCACCAUGCUCAGGAAGAUCAUGGACUCAGGCGAGCUGGACUUCUACCUGCACGCAAAGGUCUGCUCCAACACCUGCCGCAGCACCAAGAUUGACGUGGUGGGAAACAAAGUAUCUGUCAGCUCUGAUCAGUCUGCUGAAUUGGCUGGUGCUGCUUCAUCCAGUGCUUACUUGAAUGGAGGAUCCCUGACAGAGUCACCCGAGGAACCUUCAGAAUGGGUCACAGCCAUAAGAGAGGACUCGAUAACAUUCUGGCAUGCAGUGAAGGAGGCAGGGCUGCUGGAGGAGGUGAUUGAGGACUUCCAGAAAGAGCUCCAAGAAGUGCUGAAGGGGCUGCAAAAAAGAGUGUCUGAACCACCACUGCAGGUUAAAGAUGCCGUUUUGCUCAAUAACAUUGUGCAAAACUUUGGGAUGCUGGAUCUGGUGAAAAAGGUUUUGACUAGUCAUAAGAGCCAGAUGGAUCAUUACAGAGAACAGUACACCAACAGCCUCGCUGCUCUGGAGCAGCAGUGUGAUCAGCACCGGAAGCGAGCCAAGGAGCUGAAGAGUAAAUCUCAGCACCUAAACAACGUCCUGAUGAACCUCACCCCGGCACCAGCCACCCCACCAAGAAAACGUGCCCGGGUCAGCCACGCCACUACCACCCCAGCCACAAUCAGCCCGGCGCCCACACAGGUCACGCUGCCUCUCAGCCAGCUCAGCGGCGUGGCGCUCGGCAAGCUGCUUACUGUGGCGGGAGCUCCCGCGGCCACCAACUUGGGCGGAUACACUCUACUGACCUCGCCGCUCAACGGCUCGGAGCUGGUGGCCGACGCGUCCAACCUUACGGUGCUUUCCACCGUGGCAGGUCAAGAAGUGACAUCCGCCGAGAGCAGCUCUACCGUCUCUUUUGUCAAAAUGGUCAGCCCUCAGUUCCAGUUGGUAACUCUGCCAGCCACGUUACAGGGCCUGGCCGCCACUCAGAGCACCACCAUCGCACAGCCGCUCGGAAGCAUCACAGUGGUGGAUGCCACGGCGGCCAGUGCAGACAUUUUUCUACAGGGAGUUCAAACUGGUGAGGAUGAAGAAGGUCAGCCCAAAGAGGUGAGGGGCGAUGACAUGCAGCAGCUGGCCGAGCAGCAAUGAUGGAAAAUUAGCAUUCCGUUUGUUCAGGGAUACAUCCUUUAGUUUAGCUUUCUUUUUAAAGUGCAACUUUUUUUUUUUUGCCGUAGCAGUAUUGAAGAUGUUCUCAUGUUAAUUUAGAGCAAAGCAUAAGAUAGCUGAGGAAACGGUGCACACUUUAACUAGUCAGGUUUAGGAUUACUUGGCUUCUACUCUUGUCUCAGUCCUUGCUGUGUGUGUACAUGGUUUAUAUAUAUAUAUAUAUAGACACAAAAUGUACUAUGUAAAACAUUAUACAAUGUAUGAUGAAUGUUGUGGGGAAAAAUGAAUAAUAGCACAUUAUCUGUACUUGCUGUGUUUGUUUUUUGGACAACAUUGGGAAAGGGGAAGAACAGUGUUUUUCCUAAAACCUGGAGUAAACGAUCGCACACCAAUGUCUUCUUCUGCCUCGUUCUGCUCUGCAUUUGAGUUUCUAAUCAUCAUACACCAAUGAACAAAAUGUAACAGUUUUCUUUGCUGAUGUAUAAACUGCUCGUAAUAAUACGUUGUAUCUUAAUUUCUUGUAAAUACGACAUUUUUAUUUAUUUUUUUGUGUAUUCCAUGUGACAUGUUGCUGCUAUUCUAACAAACCCAGUUAGACUAUGGCUUUGCACUAAUGCACACUUACAUAUAAACCUAAAUAGUCUAAAUUACAGAGUAGUUUAUAAAAUACAUAAUGCAAUGUAUUGCUGUAUUUAAUUCAUGUUGGAAAAUCCUGUACCUUGCGUUCACGUAAUGUAAGAUGAUACAUAAGCACAGCAAAUUAUUCUGCCAUUGGGUGAAAAUAUGAUCGUGGUGUAAUUGAACAGGCUGGAAGUGGUUUCAUUCUACCAGUGGGGCACCUUCGUACCUCUUGCCGGGGAUGGAACCUGCCUCCGCACAUCCCAGCUGAAUGAGAAUGAAGUUGAGCAGCACUAGUCAAUGAGCUCAAGGCCCAGUGCAGCUCUUAAGGGGUCGGAGAGUCUCCAGCAUCUUGGCCUGCACUUGAGUGGUUUAAAUUUAAAAAAAAUUGUAAUAAAAGCGAGUAAUAUCAAA